GUUUGAACGCAACGCGGGCGGCCAGGACAAACAAUAGAAGUGCUUCAGCUCAGCCGCUCCAAGAGGCGGCAGAUGUGAAGAGGAGGCGCAGGAGGACGCACCGGCUAUUCAACGUCGAACUGAGAGUAUUCUUGCUUGACAAGCAUGGCAGUGAAUGUUACUGGACUCGCGGCUGUUGCUGCCUUUUAUGUUGUUGUCCUGCUAACUGGCAUCUUGGCAUCGCGAAAAUCUAAGAAAGUGGAGAAGAAAUGCACUGGCAAAAAGAGCGAAGUCUCCAUUAUCGGAGGCCGCAACAUCAACGUCUUAAUAGGAGUUUUUACCAUGACAGCGACAUGGGUUGGUGGAGGCUAUAUUAUGGGGACUGCUGAGGCUGUUUAUUCUCCCUCUCAAGGUGUCGUCUGGGCUUUUGGGCCUGUUGCAUAUCUUUUGAAUUUUGUUUUAGGAGGAUUAUUUUUGGCAAAACCAAUGAGGUCAAAAUGCUACGUGACCAUGUUGGACCCAUUCCAGCACCGCUAUGGUCAGAUGUUCACGACAGCAAUCUUAAUUCCUGCUUUGAUCAGUGAUAUUUUGUGGGUUGCCACCAUCCUCGCUGCUCUAGGUGGAACGAUGAGCAUCAUCCUGGAACUACCAUUUAUAAUCUCCAUCCUGAUCUCUGCAGCUGUCUCCAUCGUCUACACUUUUUUAGGAGGCCUCUAUGCGGUGGCAUACACUGAUAUCAUCCAACUGAUCUUCAUAUUUGUCAGUCUGUGGCUCUGUAUUCCCUUUAUUAUUACCAGUCCUGCUGUUAUUGGCGCCUCACAAGCAGCUCAUUUCAACCAAUCACACGUCCACUCAUGGGUGGGAGUGGUGCGGCUCGAGGAUGCAGGAAUAUGGACAGAUAAUUUCUUGAUAUUGACUAUAGGAGGACUGGCAUACCAGUCUCUACACCAGAGGAUCCUUGCUGCAGCCUCCUCAGCGAAGGCUCAGAUUACCUGCUUUGCUGCAGCUGGCUUAACUUUUAUCAUAGGAAUCCCCUCAGUGGUCAUUGGAGCAGUGGCUGCUUCUGCAGACUGGAACCAGACAGAAUAUGGUCUACCCCCACCUUAUGAACGCGGGGAGGCAGGGAUUGUUCUGCCGUUGGUCCUGUCCUACAUCGCACCCACCUGGGUGUCAGUGUUAGGCAUUGGUUCUAUAGCAGCAGCAGUUAUGUCCUCCAUGGACUCUGUGUUGUUGUCAUCAGCAUCCAUGUUCACACAAAACAUAUACAAGACAACGUUGAGAAAGCAGGCCUCAGAGAGGGAGCUGCAGUGGGUGCUCCGUGUUAGCGUGCUGCUGGUGGGUGUGGCUGGAACCAGUCUGGCUUUUAACAAGAGCAGCGUGCUUGCGCUCUGGCUGUUAGCUUCGGAUCUACUCUACUGCAUUGUGAGCCCACAGCUCUUCUGUGUGGUGCACCUUGGCUUUGUCAACUGCUAUGGUGCCACCAGCGCCUACAUCGCAGCGUUGCUGCUGCGCGUGUUGAGCGGCGAGCCAGCGCUGGGCAUCCCUCCUGUGCUACUCUACCCGGGCUGGAGGGAAGAGAAAGGAGUCAUCAACCAGUAUUUUCCCUACAGGACUCUGAUUACGCUUAUCUCUCUGGUGACUCUGGUUCUCGUAUCAUGGCUGGCCCAGCUGGCCUUCACUCAGCAGCUCGUUCCGCAGUCCUGGGACAUCUUGGGUGUGUUUGACAAGAAAAAGGAGACAGCACAAGAAGAAAUUCCAAUGCAAAUUUCGAAUGAGGAUAAGAACUCUAUCCAUAGUACAGCACUAUAGGCUCCUACUAUCUGUCAAACCUCAUAUUAUGCACACAGUUUUUAUGCACACUUUUCUUUCUAUAUUUCUAUAUGACACAUUUAAUCAAUAGCUUCUUUUGUACACAAGUAAUUGCAGAAGGGGUGUUAAAUUGUAAGUCUAAACAAAGAGGAAAUUUUACAUCCACUAAGGGUGCACUCAUAAGUGAGUACUCUGAUCCAUAUUCAAGCUUGGUACACCUUUGAAGAGAUGGGCCUGGGCCCAUGAUGAAUGUAGUCGCUCCUCCUGAAAUUUUACUAACUAAGCUGCCAAUUUUCACAAAAGAAAGAAAUACACUGCCAGGGCAAAAAGGUCACUACCUGGAUUUAAAUAAGUAAGAGCCUCCCAUUAGAUCAUUUCUGUGUUUCAGCUGGUAACAAGCUAUUUAACUCUAACUCUUAACUGCCGUGAGUAGCUUCUUAUUUGUUAAACAACCAUGUCUAAAGACACGUGGUCGAACAGAAGCAGGCCUGCCAACAUCGAUGCAUUUCUCGUACACGGCAUGCAUUUUGAGCCUGAAAUAUGUUUGUACACUGCGUUGCUCUGGAGUGUGCAUAUUAUUGCAUAUCUCCGGUUUCCGAGUUCAGUCUCUGCGCCGAGUUCGACGUGCGCAUCCAAAAAAAAUCCUUGAGCUUUAUCUACGCUGACGGUUCAGGCUGUGAUUGGUCGACUUGGUUAUUUCCUGUCUGUAUACGACUUGUUCAGAGGGCCGACACUAUUAAUAAAAUUUCUCCAAGGUUGGCAGGUCUGCAGAAGGGUCAAAUUAUUGGCAUGCAUCACGCAUCAGAGCUCAUCUAACGAGAUUGCUAAAACUACUCAAAUCAGGAUACUAACUAACGCAUUAUUAAAAAAUGGAAGGACAGCUGUCCACUGGUGGGGAGACUUUUCACAGUGGUCCGAAUAUCCCAUCACUGGUACAAGCUCUUGGCGAAAAAUGUAUGCAUGCCUGAACAGAAACAAUUGUGACUUGAAGAAGCGUGUGGAAAUGAUGCCACAGUGAAUGAACAAACCUAAACACGGUGAAAUGAAAUCUUAAGUGUGUGACCAUUUUUUAGCCAGGCACUGUAGAAAGACAGAAAUAGCAAUUCAAAACCCACGGUAUGCUCCCUCACGUGCUCACUAUACAUGUGUGUAAAUAACAAAAAUAGAUAAUUCAUGCAAUUUGUUGAUCCCUCCAUUUAGUAAUAACCCACAAAGUCAGGAACAUUGCGCUAAUACAGUGUUGUGUAAUGGAGUGAUGGUGAAGAGGUUGAAGAACAAACACUGAGCAGUGUGAGUACAGGUCGGUGAGGGACGAGGGAGCAGGGGAAUCCGUGUCAGAGCACCACAAUUAAGACCUCAGAAUUAUGAUCUUAACAUUGACGCCCUUAACAGUCACUCACAGAACAUACAUACUUUUACAGGCGUAUCAACAAUUGAUACUUUCAGAUGUUAUUCUAAAAUCAAUCCAUGUGGUGUAAUGAUGUAUCUGUAUGCCUAGCUGUUACACUUCUUUGUACUCCGUAAAAACUGGUGGGGAUUACCCACCUGAGAAACGUAUUUUAAGUGUCAGAUGUUGACCAGUAGUUUGCAACAUUUUCUACUCUUUUUGAAAUGGGUUGUUUGUGGGGAGCGUGUUUAUUCAGAAAGAAUUCUGACUGCAUUAAUUGUGCUUUCCAAAAAUUAAAUAUUAUGUAGAACUGUGUGCAUAUGUCAGGGGCUUAUAUAAUAUAGGCAGCAUUGCUUUUACAUAGAUUAGAUUCUUUCUGUGAAAAGCACCAGUUAACGUGGAAGCGUGCAUACAAACUAAUGACGUUGUUUGGACAACAGGGGGCGUCACGAGAACAUGAAAAGGUUUUGCACAGUAUUGGACUCAUUACACGCUGCACACACAUAAGUACUGCAAUUUAGAGAGACAUUAUUUGUAAAAUUAUUUACUUCUACUAACCGUACAAGUCUAAUUAAGGAUCUAAAUACAUACAUAACCUCGGUUGUUUAGAAAGUUUUUUAAAGCGGGAAUUGAAACUACAGCAAAAUGACAGGCCUCUGAUUAAUGAUGACUUCUAUUUUAUACCCACACAUUUGUCAAGCUAAACAACUAGUAACUAGUAAAUCAAAAAUAAUGAAGUAUUUGUCCUAACUGGUAUUGCAGAUUUACCCAAUUUUCUUUUUUAGUUCUCCAUGUCACAUUUUACUUGCAGCCAGUAGAGGUGGUUUGCAGCCUGAAUAAAUUAUAUAUUUAAAAAAAUUGGGAAAACACAUUUAAAACAUAUACAGUGAUCGCAUUUGGGGAGGUGGUUUAUGGUAAUGGGUUAAUUUGAUUUGAAGAUUCAUGCAAGUUACAGUGGAAUACAUCACAUAAUUCAAUUCACAAUUCCACAUGUCCAAAAGGAGUAGGAAGAAGCAAAGUUUAUUUAAUUUUACCCCCCAUCCGUUCCACAUCUUGUGCAGUACAUUUAUUCACUUGCUGUAUUCCAUAUAUGAUUUUUUAAUGCAUAGAAUAAUGAUAAGGUAAUGUAACAUUAUAAUGAUGUAAUUAAGAUUGUUUUCACAAUAAAUUUAAGUAGAAUAAAUAAACGAGCCGAACGAUUUGAUGUUUGAAUGGUGUAAAACGGUUGAAAAAUUAAGGAGUUAGUGGACAAAAAACGGCGGAAGGAUAAUACAUUUGAAAAAUGGUGUGAAUGUCCUGAGGGAGCAUUCACACAAUAAUAAUAGAGACAGGCAUAACAAAACAAGUUCAAGAGUGUCCUUCCUUGUAUUUAGCAAACAUCAACUGCUUGUAUUGUUGUUGUUUUUUUAUUUGCUCAUGUUGGUGCAUUGAGUUCCUCACUCAAUCUGUCCCAUAAUUGAAUUCCACAUACUGAAAUGCUGUGGGUUUUUAGCGUUGUUCUCGCAUGUAAGUGUUGUCUUGGAUGGUAUGGUUAAUAUUUGUAAGCAAAAAUUAUAUUGUAAAAAUACAUAUGCUAUAUUUUGGGGGUGUUUGUUUUACAGCGAAACAGGGUGUGCUUCAUACAAUUUCUUGUAAACUUAAAAAGUUGCAUUAAAAUCUUAACU